CACAAAAAGAAAACAAAAUUAAAGAUAUUCAGUUAUAACUUCCCAAAUCUAAACCAAUAAAGCUCCAUAUAUACAUACAAACCGUAUUGCUAAACCUAGGGUUUUGCUUGUUCAAUUAGAGCUAGAGAUCGAUCAAUCGGCGAGCAAUGGCUGAAGAGAGAGCUGAGUUGAUCGUGUACAACAGCUUGACUAAGCAGAAGGAGGUGUUUAAGCCCAGAGUCCCCGGAAAAGUCGGGAUGUAUGUGUGCGGCGUCACGGCGUAUGAUUAUAGUCAUAUCGGUCACGCGAGAGCUUAUGUCGCUUUCGAUGUCUUGUUUAGGUAUCUAAAACAUCUAGGCUAUGAAGUCACGUAUGUGCGGAAUUUCACUGAUGUUGAUGACAAGAUUAUCAAAAGAGCAAAUGAGAGGGGGGUGGAUCCCAUAUCUUUGAGUAAAGAUUUUAGUAACGAAUAUUUGCAAGACAUGGAGGAUCUUCAGUGUUUGCUUCCUACACAUCAGCCACGUGUUUCUGAUCACAUGAAAGAAAUUAUAGAUAUGAUAUCUCAGAUAGAAAGUAAUGGCUGUGCUUAUCGAGUUGAAGGUGAUGUUUACUUUUCUGUUGAUAACUCCCCAAAAUAUGGUCAGCUAUCUGGACGAAAGCUGGAGGACAAUAGAUCAGGGGAACGGGUUGCAGUUGAUUCGAGAAAGCGAAAUCCUGCUGAUUUUGCUCUGUGGAAGUCUGCAAAGGAAGGCGAACCAAGUUGGGAAAGCCCUUGGGGUCCAGGAAGACCAGGAUGGCACAUAGAAUGCAGUGCUAUGAGUGCCAAGUAUCUGACCCCUGUAUUUGAUAUUCAUGGUGGUGGUAUGGAUUUGAUAUUUCCUCACCAUGAAAAUGAAAUUGCCCAAAGCUGUGCAGCCUGCCCAGAUAGUAAUGUGAGUUAUUGGGUGCAUAAUGGUUUUGUUACCACAAAUGAUGAGAAGAUGUCAAAAUCGUUAGGAAACUUCUUCACCAUUAGGAAGGUUACAGAAUUGUACCACCCACUGGCUCUGAGACAUUUCCUGUUGGGGACACAUUAUCGAUCUCCUGUAAACUAUUCAAUCACACAGAUAGAAAUUGCAUCUGAGGCCGUGUAUCGAAUAUACCAGACGUUGCAAGAUUGCCAAGAUGCUUUAUCAUUAUCUCGGGAAGGAAGUGCCGACACAGCAGGAGGGAAGAAAGUUCGCAUUACAGAUGCUGCCAAUGAAUGCAUCCGUAACCUGCAGAAUGAUGUUAAGAAGAUGUCAGAUGAUUUACAUACAUAUUCCUUGUUGAAUUCUGCUCUGCCAGAAGCUUUGAAAUUGAUUAAUAGCUCUUUAACUCAGCUGAAGAAGAAGCAACAACAGAAACAGAAACAGUCAGUUAUUCAAUCUCUUAUUGAACUAGAGAAAGAAGUCAGGGAUGCUUUGGACAUCUUGGGUUUGCUCUCCAAAUUAGAAUAUUCUGAGGUUCUAGGACAACUGAAAAGCAAAGCACUGAUAAGAUCAGGUUUUGAGGAUGAAUACAUAGAAGAUCAAAUUAAGGAGAGAGCAUUGGCUAGGAAAAACAAAGAAUUUUCUAGAGGAGACAAAAUAAGGAGUGAUUUAGCUUCCAAAGGAAUUGCUCUAAUGGAUGUGGGCACUGAAACAAUUUGGAGGCCCUGCAUGCCAGUUCAGCAAGAACAACUAGCUGUGCCAAAAGAAGCAAAACCAUGCAAGGACGCUGAGAAACAACCGGAGGCACAGUUGGUGCAAGUCAAAUUAGAAGAUCCAUUGCCAAAUGAACAAGAAAAGUCAUCAGGUGUUGAAGCUGUGAAAGAUAAUCCGACGCUGCCUACAACCCCUUGAUGGUGAACCAUCUAUAUUAAUUAUAUAUUUAUCAUUUUAACUAUUGAGUGUCAAAUUUACUUGUAUACAUGUUCACAGCCAUGACUGGGUACAUGUUGGUAACAUGUAAACAGGGUUAACCCUUAUUGGGCUGAACUUGUUAUAGACUAAGAUAUUUCACAUUUUUGUCGGCAUUAUACACCCACAUUAAAACUGUAUUCAAGUGUGAGAUUCUGCCUAUUUACUUAUUUUCUCCAUGGUCUUGCUACCAGGACAGGUGAAUUUUGUCUCUCCGCUUGAAUUUUUUACUAUGCAUGAGUUUAAUGUCCGUUCUCCAGCUCUGUAUGAUACAUUAUGUAGUCAGUAAUGUAUUUUGAUGCUA